ACAACACUUUUUAGUCGCUAAUCCUUGCGACGAGCUCUACGACUUCACGAAUUCGAGGCAGUGCCAGAGCGCACAGGCCGCAUAACAUAGCCAAGUCAUAGCCAUCGCUUUGAUAUUGUACACAGCCUCCUUCGCAUAUAUCAUCAGACUCUCGCACACAUCCGACUGGUGUUGUCUACCACACUUCUCCUGAAACCCUAUCUUGAUUCGGCCAAACACCUCACAGACAUUCGAGGAUAAACAACACGCAUAACCCAUCGGUCUCAAGCCUCAUCCAGUUUUGAUAGCAUGUCGUUUUUGGAUAAACUGAAGGACGGCGUAUCGAGGGUGCUUCCGGACAAGAACUCCAGCCAACCCAUGUCGACGUCGGUGUCAGGAGGAAUUGGGAAUGGGCGCGGCGCAAUGGGUUUUGAAGACGAUAUGAUCGUCUCAAAGCCGGCAAUAAUAUUCCACACGUCACAAAUAUUCUUCAACUUCCUUGCAAUGUGCUGUUUUGCUAGUGUUGCUGCUUUCCAGGCGCGUUGGGGUGUUGGACCAUCUGGGCUGUCAGGAUUUGCUCUCUUUGUGUCCAUAUCCGGCAUGCUCCUUUCCACAUUCAUGCUAUUGGUUCCAGUCGUAUACGAAAAAUAUGACAAACUCAUACGGCUGGCCCGGGCGUUGAAAGAAAUUCGCGUUGGCUUCAUUCUUGUCGGGGCAGGCACCGCCUUCAGUCUCCUUAUUGCUUUUAUUACGACAAUCUCCGCGUGGACACAAGCGGGGUGUAAAAAGGCUGCUAAUGACCCCAACGCCGACAAAGGCGAUGACUUCACGAAAGGUCUGGAUGGGUGGUGUAGUACUAAGAAGGCUGGAGCAAUCUUCUUCUGGCUAGCUUUUGCGUCUUGGGCUGCUUCACUCGGCCUCGCCAUUUAUGACUGGAGGUCGGGCAAAUCGACGCGACCACGUGAUCCUCCCUUUCAACAUCCCACCGAGUACGACGAAGGCGGGGAUGGCGACGAGGAGUCCGCCUAUGACGUGAUUCCCCCUCCUCGGCGUCCAACAUCGGACAACGCUGCGGGGUCGCCAUUCGCGGACACCAAUCGCUAUUCUGGCACCUCGGCCAGCACCGCUCCUUCUGGAGGAUUUAACAUGCCUACGCCAGCUCGACAUGAUAGUCCAAUUGCUGCUCAACCGCGACCAAGCAUGGAUGCUUAUGGCGCAUUCUCUGAUCCCGCGCCGACUGGAUUUGGCGCUCCUGCUUCUGCCACAGAAGAACCCCGCAUUAGCAGGACCAUGCAGUAUGCUGACCCAUAUGCUGCGGUACGCGCGACUGUCGCGGGGGCCGGCAGCGGGCCUCCUAGCUACUCAUAUCAGGGCUACCAAUGAUCUGUAGAACACUGCUGAUUUGAGAGGUUAAACAUCUAUUCUAGUGUAGUUGUAUGUUUUUUAAACCUAGGAAGAUCUCCACAGCUGGACUUUCGCGCUUUCGAUAUACUCCUUUGCCAUCUUUAUACUCCUUGACGACUUUUAUGUUGUGUACAUGCCUUCUUCCAUAUCUAUGACACAUUUGUAGUUUGCCUGGUGGGCUGAGACAAGGCAGCUGUGUGUCAAAAUUGGCAAUUUGAAUGUCGCGACGCGUUUGUUUAUCCUUGUU